UGUUAUAGAUGGUGCUUGAAUCUACUACAGCAGGCAGGAGAAAGCAUAUGGGUACCCUGCUGAAUGCGUGUCCUUCAACACUGAAUUCCUUCUGGAGAUGUCUCAAUAAUUCAGCCUCUGAUAUCUGGCAGCAAGACACAGAAUGGCCAGGCCAUUGGUGCUGCCCUAAUGCUAUCUCAGGACAUUGCCGUGUUGCUUGUUCACAGGCGCACUCUUUCUCUGAAGUAGCAGCGGCAUGUACCCAUUCUGAAGAGGGAGAUCUGUUUGGCUGUUUGGACAGAUAUGAAAGGCGUGAAUCUUGCUGCAGCCUGGCUCACGAAGGUACCCAGUGUCGGAAUAAAUGCGAGGACGUCUUUGACUCGCCCCUCCCGACGGAUAACAUGGGGCUGGACAUAGAGAUCUACUGUUCCGAUGAGCGCAUCAAGCAAUGUGUUUAUAAUUACACCAACAUCAUGGCUCCAAGACAUAACCCCAGAGAUAGUUUACACUGCUGUGAGCGUUCCACGAGACCUAGAUGUCGGGAGGUCUGUCGUCGGACAUUAACAAACCUGACAUCAGAGGGCGCUAUUAUGAAUGCCUUGGAAGAGGGAUGCGAUCAACCUGUGCCCAACGAUGCAAUGUGGAGGUGUUUUCUUCUCGUAUCAGCUGGCAACGAGAUCAGUCAUCCUGAAAUAGGCCCCACCAACCCUGGUGCUCUAGAUGGGGCCAACCUUCAGUGCUGUCUGAGGGCUAUCAGCUCACGAUGCAGGGAUAUCUGUGUCAAGCUCUACACCCCAUCAUUGUCCAACAGGGACACAUGGAAUGAGUUUGAUGAACAUUGUCGCUAUCAGCCAGCUGAGGAAGCACUUCUUACCUGCUUAGCAGAUGUUGAAGAACCAUGCAAGGCCGGGUGCAGUGGACUGGAUUAUUGUGCACACUUCAAUAACAGACCUACAGAUCUUUUCAGAAGCUGUUCAAUCCGCUCCGAUGAGGGCGCCGCCUACGACAUGCAGCUGUGGAGCGAGGGCCUGAUCCGGAUGCCUUUCAUGAACAUUCCCGUGCUCAACAUUGCAGAGUGUGAGUCCGACAUGUGGAAGACCAUAGCAUGCACACUGCAGGUCAAGCCAUGUCAUCGUAAAACCCAUACCAAUAUGAUCUGCAAAUCUGACUGCAUCCACAUACUCAGCAAGUGCAUUGACCACACCCGCUUGGCAAAGGGCGUCGACCCCGUGGGAUUAUGCAACAUCUUGUCCCCAUUUGAUGACAAUGCCCCCUGUGUGUCCCUGAACCCCUUCCUGGACCCCAGCCAGCACCACGCCUCUUACCUGGACAUCACCACGCCCUGCCAGUCGGACCCCUGUAACAACGAUACGGAGGUGGCGAAUGGGGUGUGCUCGGUGAAUAGGAAGAUGUGUGGCCAUCGGGAGGUUUGCCAACAUCAUACAUGCAACAGAGGUUGUCGUCUUGGAGAGGCAUCCUCCUUCCUCGUUCCCAUCGGUAGUUACGUGCGUCUGCCAGACUCAGGGGAGAAUCUGGACUGCUACCAGUCGUGCGUGUGUGGACCCACCGGACAGCUUGAACACUGCCAACCUCUGCAGUGCGAACGCAGCGAGAUGUGCCUCAUCAGCGGCCAGAUGAAAGAACACGCCAGUCACUUCCACAUUGACUGCAAUCUGUGUGUGUGUUUUGGCGGCAAUGAGAUCUGCUCCAAACGACAGUGCUUGACCUCCGAGAUGACCUCUGAAGAGAGGAGACGUUACACCGGCCUGCCCUGCGACUGCACCGAUCAGUUUGUUCCAGUCUGCGCCAAAAAUGGCAAGACGUACCCCAGCGCUUGCAUUGCCAAAUGCGUUGGUAACUUUAAUGACGAGCAGCUUGAAAUAGGAACGUGUGCGUUGAAUUCACCCUGUCAAUCAAACCCGUGUAAUCUGGGUUACAGAUGUGUUCCUAAGCGCAGAGUAUGCCUCAGCGUGAAUUUUGCCGACUGUCCUCAAUACGACUGCAUUAUUACGACAGACGAUUGUGACCUGGAUACCUAUGCUCCAGUAUGUGACACCAACCAUAGAACGCAUCCUAACAUGUGUACGCUGCAUAGCCUCGGAGGAGAGCUGGCCUACAGAGGGCGCUGUCAGAUGGACUGUCAUAGCUCGAUAAGUCAGCAGGUCUGUGGUCACAACGGAGAGACCUACUCCAGUGAAUGCGAGGCAUGGAGUGACAGGACUACAGUAGACUACUACGGUCCCUGUCAGGCUGUGGGUACGCUCACAGGGGAGGAAGAUAUAGAGAUACAAUGCACGACGGUAGACUGCCCAGAAGUUACUGCACCUGAUAUAUGUGUAGCAGUGACACCCCCAGGCAGCUGCUGCCCAAUUUGUGCCGGUCAAGUUCGUAUCUUAUUCAGCGAGGGUGAGGUAGACAGGGUCGUCACAGCUUCAGGGAGUCGAGGUUUGUCGUUGGACUCGAUACUAGACGGGUUACGCAGAGAGGUGGCAGUGGCCGAGUGUGACCUCUUCGGAUAUCUGAGUAUAGAGGGCGAUAUUAUAGUCUUGAUCAAACCUAUUGUGAUGAAUCCUACAAUUAUUCAGAUAAAAGCUUGCAAUACAGAAGCAGAAAAGAUAGAAGCCCUCAUAAACAACAGAAGUCCCGUUAUAUCAGCAUACCUCCACCUUAGUCCAUUAUUAGCAGCAGCUUCAAGAAACCCCCAAGUACUAGAGCCCAACUCGGCGCGCUCAGUACAUCAACUUUCAACAUUUUGUAGCUUAAUUAUAGUCUUAAGAACAAUCCACGAGCUCUUAUACAGAGUCCUAAGGUAGCAGUAAGAAGAAUACUAAACAUAGAACUUUUAUCUUUCCAAAGAAACAUGCUAUUUAAAAGAGAUUUUAACUUCAUAUUUUAUAUAUGCAAAUCUUCAGAAGUGUACAUAUGAGUUUAUAUGAAUACUGUAAAUUAAGAAUAUUGUAUUUAUCUUUUUAUGUCUAUCUCAGCAUUUUUCCUAAUGCUUGAAUCAAUGUAUUUGUACUGUCGGCUGAAGAAAUGUACUGAAUGUUUGUUGUCUGUCCUGUCAGAGUGUCUUUAAAAUGUUUUUUCUUUUUUCUGAGCUGCUCAAUUUUAUUUUAACUUUUUAAUUUUAACUCUGUAUCUGGUGUAGUCAAGUAAUGGCACAAACUCUCAACUGCCAAAGUUGACUUUGUGACAAGUACAGAGUGCAGUUCCGGGUUUGAUCCCUUGCAAAUAGCGUGUUAAGGAAAAGGGGGAGGGGGGUUGUUUGAAGUAAUCAGUUUUCUGUUAUUUUUAAAAGCUAUACGUCUUUUUCUUCUUAACUUACAGUUCUUAAAGGCGUUUACUGUAGAUCCAUUGUCUUGUUUUGUUAGGAUAAUUCAUACUAUCUUUUUCAUACAAAAUAUUACAGUUCAUAAUAAUUAUUGUAAAUCAGACAACAGUAUCACUAGAGGACAUAUAUCCUUCAUAUUCUUUUUUUUCCCCUUUUAUUUUGCUUUUCACUUUGCUUUGUGAAAAGAUAUGGUGCAAGUAUGAGUAAAUGGAUAGCUUGUUUAGGCCUGAAUCUCAAAUUGGGUCAUUUUUCAAAUGAAAGUUAAAAAAAAACACAAACAACUUUUUUUUCACUUGAUUUAUAAUACUUUAAGUAAAAUCAAAUGUUUGAGCCUUUGAGGGCCAUACUUUGUUUGUAGCAUCAUUUCCGGCGUGAAAUAUAAUUCUUUUCCUAUUGAUGUGUUUUUCAUUCUCAGUGGUUUAAAAAUGAUAAUUCUGCUAUUUUAAUAAUAUGAUGUUAUGUAUUGUGUUUGAAAUAGUGAGUUCAUUCUAGUAGAGCAGUCUACAACUCAUCAUGUUUAUUGUUAACUAUUUAAUUGUUUUAUCUUCCUUCUUAUAUUUGUUAUGUUGUCAAAGUUUGCAUUUGUAAUUUAUUCUUGUUUUGAAAAUAGAUAGACGCAGUAGGAGUGUUAUACUGAAAUCUUGUAUCAUUGCAAUCAUAGGAGUUAUAUUCAUUUAUGAUGCUAGAAAUAAAAGUUGCUUUAAUUCAUAUUAAUUAUUACUUUAAUUUGUUUAUCUUCCAUCUAUUUAUGGAAGAAAGUGAGUAUUGCUUCUCAGAAUCUUUCAAAUUUUGAAUUUGCCUUUCAUUUUGUUCUUCUUUGUUUCAGUUUUCAUUACAGAUGUUUUUAUAUAUUUACUCUGUUGCUAUUUUUAUAUUGCUUUUACUUAUUUGAAAUCUGACUUUUUUCUGAAUGUUUUUCAAAGUUAUGGUGCGAGAGGCUUUGAAUCAUAGCUGCCUACCAAAGAAUUGACGUAAAGACUUGGAAUGAUUAUAAUAAUAUUAAUUUGUAGAAUUUGUGUACUCUUAUUUGAAAAUUACCAAUAAUAAUUUCAUUUGUCUCCCUGAGUUCAGAUCAUGCAUAAAUCUAUUCCAAAAUAUUAGGGAACAAAUAUUUGAAUGUUUAAAGCAAAAGACAUGACCAGUCGAUUGGGUUGCUUAAAUUUGUUCCAUCAUCGGUUCUCAGGAUAUUAGAAUACCGGUAUUGAUAUUCCUGGAAAAAUUUGAUUUUCAAAGGUAUUGGAGAGGGGAAAAUCUGUUAAAGAUUUUUUUUUUUUCUUAAGAAAAUUUGGUUAGUGAUGCUUUGUUUCUUUAAAAGGGGGAGGGGUGUGUUUGGGUGUGUGUGUGCGUGAGUGUGUAUGGUAUUUAUGUUUUUAGCUUUGCAUGAUUAUAUGCAAAUUAGAGCUUCUAACAUAAUCCCAAGUAUUGACAAAUAAAGGCUGAACUUUUUUUAAACAAAUGUAGCAGGCUGAAAGCUUACAAUUUCAGGUGGAAAUCUUUUUAAAAGUAAAAAUAUUUUCUUGCCAUAGCUAAAAGGUGUAACUCAUAAACUGCUGAGGUUGACACAAUUAUUUGUUAAGACCAUUCAUUUCAUGUACAAUCUAAUUUGAAGUUUCAUAUCAUUUUUUUUUUGGGGGGGGGGGUGGGGAGAAAGGUGCAAAUUAUUUCAAUUCCUUAGUCACUCCACCAUACCGACUCCAAACUAACUGACGGAGGUGUCGCGGUCUAUGGGUAUGUCAUUGGACUGUGGAUCACAUGGUUCGCGGUUCGAGUCCUGCCUCGGCACUAAUGUCCUUUGGCAAGAUAUUAAUCUACAUUUGCCACUCUCCACCCAGGUGAGGUAAAUAGGUGCCUAGCAUGAAUGAACUCCGCGAAAUGCUAGAGUGCUGAAAGCCAGUGUAAUGAUUGUGGAGUGCCAGGAGUGUCAAGUCUGACAGACACAAGUGUGAUAGAAGAAACACACUAUAAUUAUUAUUAUUCUUUACCAUGCCAGGUAAUGUUUGUUGUGGUUGGUUUGUUGGUGUGAGUGGAGAAUCAGACUUAACAAUUCUGCAAGAAAUUACUUCAUAGAAAUAUAACUUUACAAGAAAAGGGUAUAAAUACUUCGACUGUUAUGCAUGCAUCAUGUUGAAGUUGUUUUUUUGCUGAAUUGAUGCCAGUUUGCUUUCACUUUUAUACAUGUAGUUGCGCAUGUAAUCUUUUUAACAUUCAAAAUGGAGAUACAAGUUAAAUGGAUAACCAACAAAUUUAAGACUUGACAAAAAUAUUCAUUUUUUAAAAUAUGUAUCUCUAUAUUUCCAAGUUAUGAGCUGUGUAAGAGUUUCUUUGCUGAAUUUUCUGAGUUGUAAAGAUAAAAUUGAAAAGAAAAGAUAUGCACUGUUUUUGUGAAAUAAUAUGUCAUACAUUUUCGCCUAUCUUUACACAUGAUGAUAAUUUUUGAUGCUCUUCAGUUUUAUAUAUUUACACUUUCAGUAAUUUAUCUCUAUUUAUUUUUCUGUUUGCUUUGAAUUUAUUUUACUUGUACAUAAAUAGGAAAAACAAAUUCAUUAUUAGAGAAUGAUUAGUGAAUUUGAUGUACCAUAUUUUUGUACACUGUGCAGGAGAGGCUUUGUACUAUAUUGUAAAUUUUGUCAUCCUAUCUUGGACAUUGAAAAAUGCAUUGACCAAUGCUUCCAUUGUGUUGCAAUAAUUCUCAUUAAAAAAGAAAAAAGAGAACAAAGAAUGAGAGAAAAAUCAUGAUUAAAUUAUACAAAAUGUCACUCUUCGGAGUUAUGAAAAGAA